CCCCAGGGGUCCUGAUUGUUUUACCCGACGUCAUAUUCCCUCAUCUGUCCAAACAUCGCCUGAUCCAAAAUGCUACAAGUUGAACAGUGUACUCCAAACUCGAUUCCAAAGAAUUUAAACUUUCAUCCAUGACAUUUUAUGCAAUUUGUUGUCCACAUCGGGUGAGAUAGGUCCUUUUCGUAGCUUAACGUGACUUGGGUCCUUUAAGACAAACGUUAACAGCAACAGGUCUGGCAGGUGUGCUGGACGUGUCGGAAGUAGAUGAAGCGCGAGCUGCUUUACCUGGGCCAGGUGAGAGCAGUGAAAAACUUUCACACACUGAGGCGUCUCCAACCCUGGCAAACAGCCCGUUCUCGGUAAAAUGAACAAUCCAAUUCCAUCAAACUUGAAGUCUGAGGCGAAGAAGGCGGCUAAAAUCCUCAGGGAAUUCACAGAGAUUUCAAACAGACAAGGUCCUGACAAGCUUAUUCCAGCCCAUGUGAUUGCCAAAGCCCAGGGACUGGCCAUCUUGUCCGUCAUAAAGGCUGGGUUCAUGGUCACUGCUCGGGGGGGCAGUGGGAUAGUGAUUGCCCGUCUUGCAGAUGGAAGAUGGUCUGCUCCCACAGCCAUCGGUGUUGCUGGUCUUGGUGGAGGUUUUGAAAUUGGUCUGGAGGCAUCCGAUUUUGUUAUCAUCUUGAAUCAGCGCAGAGCUGUGGAAGCCUUCAGCAAAGGAGGAAAUCUCACAUUUGGAGGAAAUUGCACUGUGGCCGUUGGGCCUCUUGGCAGGAAUUUGGAGGCUGAUGUGGCAUUACGCAGUACAGCAGCUGUCUAUUCUUACUGCAAAUCCCGUGGUCUCUAUGCCGGAGUGUCACUUGUUGGCUCCUGCAUCAUCGAACGCAAAGAAACCAACAGAAAGUUCUAUUCCCAAGACAUUCGUGCAUCUUCCAUUCUCAAUGGAGAUGUGGAACCUCCCCCUGAAGCCCAUGACCUUUAUGCCAUUUUGGAGGAUUAUACAGAGAAGUACACCAGUGAGUGGCAGAGCAAACAUCUACGGUCAUCCAGCAGGAUGAGUGCAACCCCUAGAAGACCAAAGCCCCCAAUGCAGAAGGCUGCUUCCUCCUUCACUCCAAGAGCAGAGGCUUAUUUUGCAGAAACAAAACCAACAGUGUAUCCCAGCCUCUCCAGCUGGCCAUCUGAAAGCUCAGGCCAAGCGUCUGGUGGAGCUCUGGUGGUCACAGCCAUGCACCCCUUCAGUGGCCAGCAGCCAGGUGACCUGAGUUUUGCCGCUGGAGACCAAAUCACUGUCCUCACCAAGACAGACUCACAGUAUGAUUGGUGGGAGGGAGAGCUGAGGGGGCAGGUGGGCAUUUUCCCUGCCAACUUUGUGUCCUACUGAGAGCACUAAUGCAAACGCACUUAGACGCAUUUUAAGGAGUUAUGGUUCAGGCUCCAAAGUGAAGGUUUUUUCCCCCGUUUUCUACAACAAGCUGGCGCUGGUGUUCGCUCAAAUGUCAACUUUUAAUGAACAAGGUUUUCAGUGUUAACCUGGUGGUAGAAGUAUAUUACUUCCUUUUUUGAACUUUCCUACUGAAGUUUUUAUUAUUACUUAUUAUCUAACUAAUACAAGCAUAUGACUUUUUGAAAAGUAUAUUUUAAGGUUGGUUUAGAGGUUUAUUAGGAGUUUGGUUCUGAUUUUGUUCAUGUUGCACUGGAGUUUGGUUACAGUUUUGUGCUUUUUUUUUUUUUUAAACUGUUUUUGUUCUUACUGAUUUGCACGCUUUAAUUCAAUCAUGGAUUUAGCAGUCAUGGGGAAAGGAGCAGAAAAUAAACAGACACCUGAAAUGAUAACUGCAAGUGAUUUUUAAAAAAAUGCAGUGAUGAAGUGAAUAGAUUUUUUUUUUUUUUUUUUAUGCAAGUAGAGCGAUAGUAGCUGAUUCUGAAAGCAUGUCAUCCAUCAUUUAGUUUAUUCAUCAUUGAUUAUGUCGUCUUGUCAUUGUUGACUUUUCUUGCCUAGCGUACCGUUAGUGAUAUUUAUGACAAGACUGGAUUUGCUGAGUUUUGCUGAAGUUUUGCUGAGGAUGCAUCAAGAGAUUGUUCCACUACCAGGAUCAUCAUCUAUCUUCAUGCACCUGUUAGUUUGAAUGUACUUUAAUGAAAAAUGACAUCAUUUUUAUCACAAGUUGCAUUAAUUAUUUCUUUCUCUUUACUGGCAGAGAUGUUGAGCAGCACAUGAAAAAAACAAGCAUAAUACAUGCACACCUUUCAGAUAAGCAUCUAAUGUGCCACAUUCCUCUUGAUUUGCUGUGGGCUGUAUUACUUAUUUUAGCAAAUGAGAAAUAUUACACUGGGUGUUCAUCAAAUGGAAAAUAUAUUUAUCAUGUUGAGUGAAUCUAAUAAACAUAAUGAAUGAUA